AUGGCGGAAAACACUUGUCGUAUUUGUCGCUGUGAGGGCGCCCCAGAUGAUCCUCUAUUUUAUCCAUGUAAAUGCAGAGGGUCAAUCAAAUACAUUCAUCAAGAUUGCCUUAUUCAGUGGUUGAACCAUUCUCAGCGAGCCCCAAAAUGUGAUAUUUGUAACACAGAGUAUAAGUUUACAACCGUUUAUCAAGAUGAUACCCCAGAUAAGGUGCCGUUUCUCUUGAUUAUCAAAAAGACCAUUCAAAAACUGAUUGCAAUCGCCACUUCUAUUCUCCUUAUAUUGAAUGUGCUUGUAUUUCUUCUAUUACAGGUCCCAAUUUUCUUCAUGGUGGUAGGCAGAGCCCUUAAUUGGGUAAUUGAUAACAGAUUGCCGUAUUCUGAUUCUAUACUUCAUUCGGUUUUAUUUGGUGAUUACUUUCUCUUUAACAGGGAGGAGUCUCUGUUGCUUGACAGCGAUACCAUCAGUACAACAAAACUUAUUCUUUCACUUAGAAUGACAUUAUUCGAUGGUAUUUUCUAUAUUGUUUUGCUUGUCAUAGUCCAUUUGCUCUUGUUUGUUACUAGAGAAAUGGUAACGAGGGAUGAUGGAUUCCAGAAAUUAUUGAAUAAAAAAUUUGGUCCAGAUCGUAAAAGGAUUGAACGUCGUCAAUUGGAGGAGGCGAGAUUGAUUUUGGAUGAUUUAGCCAGAAAUGCUGCGCAAAGACGUGCAGAUGCUCUAAAUGCUCAAAGACUUGCAAAUGCUCAAAAUAUUGAAAAUAAUAAUCAUAAUGGCAACAUUGUAAAUGAUCAAGAUAGUGACGAUGAACUUGACGAAAACAUCUGGAUGGGCCGUAAUGAGUUUGAGCGCAAUAUCAUGAAUAUCAAUGCUCCAUUUCCAAUCAACCCUCAACAUGCAUUUCCAGAUAUCCCAAAUAACAUGGAUAAUGUGAGAGCGGAAGAUGACGAAAUCCAUGAUUUAGAUGAACCUUUAAACUUCCAGGAAGAACAGCAAAGAAUUAAUGGCGAUUUGCUUAAUCCCCGUGGAGCUGAUUUUCCACUAGAAAUGCUUCUUGGUCAACAAAAUAACAAUAAUGUUAAUAAUGAUGAUAAUAACGAAGAUGACGAUAAUAAUGAUUUGGAAGAUCAGCCAGAACGCGGUAAUUUGAAUUUGAAUGUGCGGGUGGGUGACAAUGAUAACAUUCUCCAAAUUGAAUAUGGGCUCACUUUGUUUCUGCCAAUUAAGAUCGCAUGUUUAGUAGAUCUUCUUUUAGCGCUUUGGUUGAUAGUUGCGUAUUUGAUUCCUUCUAUUAUUGGGAAGGAAGGUAUAAUUUUGUUGAAGCGUAUUUUACUUCAUCUCAAAGAUACGUCCCUAUCAAUUAACUACAUCAUGGCGUCCUAUUUUCAGAAGCCAUUAGAUUCUGCUAUCGUUAUCCUUGAUAGACACGCCCACCACCUCAUUAAAGAAUACACACCAUCCUUGAAAGAUCUUUCCUACUCAGAGAUAUUCUACAAAUUGUUUGGAUACUCUUCGAACCCCUUUUCCAAGCUUGCGGUCGACACUUUGAAUGCCAUAUACCAGGUUUUGAUCAAACCAGUAUCUUCUGUAUUCACAAAUAUUGUGAACUCAGAGUAUCCAUUAAGGACCAUUGAAAGAAUGACAAUGUUGCUUUUCAGUUAUUUUGUUGGUUUCUAUUUGUUGUACAAUUUCAUGAACUAUCUCAAUAAAAGGCGUCGCAGAGAGUCCGGUUUUAUCCUGGGUGGGAGUAGAAGGUUUGUUUGCUUCCUCUUUGAAAUAUUUUCCACAUUAAAGGUGUUUUUUAUUUUUGCUCUUGAGUUAGUCGUCUUCCCUAUAUUUUGCGGUGUUCUUGUGGAUUUUGUCAUUGCCCCAUUGAUUCUUUCAAAUUUUGAACUCAAAUUGGCUAACCCUUUUGCGGAGGCUGCUGGUGCUGAAAAAGUUACAGAGAAUAUUAUUAGAAUUUUUGCCUCAAAUGAGUUGGAUUCAUUCUUUAGUAGCAAUUCGGAUACACAUAUUAAUGGAACUAUAGAUUCUGUUGUGCCCAUUGCCUCUGUUUCAACUAAUACUUCUGUCGCUGCCGGUGUCACCGCAGCUUCCUCCUUCAAGGCCUUUUUUUACAUUUCUACUCCACUUAAGGUUAUAUAUUAUUGGCUGAUUGGGACUUCUUAUAUGUGUUUCCUUUCUUUGUUUGUCGGGAUGACUAGAACCCAUAUAUUGAGGCCUGGUGUUUUAUACUUCAUUACCUCACCGGAUGACCAGAAUGCUAGAUUAUUGCAUAAGGCUUUAGUGAAACCCCUCUGGUUACAACUUUCAAGAAUUGUAUUGAGUGGCUUAAUUUAUAGUAUUUUUGUUCUUGUUGGUAUAGGUGGUGUCACUUAUAGUAUUCGAUUCAUCCCGCCAUAUCUAUUCUCUGGUAAUGGUCAAAUAUUACCAAUAAAAUUGUUUUAUAGGAUAAGUUCUUUCUUAUCCAUUAACCCUGUUUUAUGGAAAUUAUCUGUUGACACCCCCUUAAUCACAAAAUAUGUGAGAGCCUAUUGGGAGAGAGUUUUUAGAAUUGUCUGUCAGCAACUCAGGUUAUCAUCCUUUAUUCUCGACAUCGAUGUGCCAAAAGAGAGAGGUCAUUUGAUUUACAGGUCGAUAUUUCAUCAAUUUGUUUACCACCUUAACAAUAUUAUUGGUACCGAUUGGAAUAGCCGGUAUGGUCUUUUGCCUGACUAUCACCAACCGCAAUCUAAACGGACAGUCAAAGAGUAUUUCAAGCAAAACUCCGACAUUCAUGUUGCUUUCAUUCCUGACGGUAACUUUGUCAGAGCUCCGGAUCAUGAAGCAGCUUCUAAAAGGUACUUGGUAAAUUUAUUUGUUCCCGUUACCAAAGACGAUAAAUUGUUAGCUCCUAUUGAAGCUUCGCGUAAAGCGCCUACUAACUAUGACUCUGAUUCUGACGAGGACAUCACACCAAGCACUUAUUCCGUUGUAUAUAGACCUCCAAAAUUCAGGUAUAGGAUAUUUGCUUUGUUGGUUUACUUGUGGUUUUUUGCGGCUUUGUUGAUUGUUUCAGUGAUUGCAGCAGCAUUUGUUAUCGGCCGCCCAAUAACCCUGUUCUUAUGUCAUUAUGCUAACGGUAGUUUCCUUAAUUUAUUCAGUUUCCAUGAUCUUGAUGGGUAUUGCAUCACCGGUAUUGGUAUUGAUUUACCAUCAAUAAUAUUUGGAACGUUUGUUCUAAUCUAUGGAUUGGGAUGGUUUGACAAAUGGACAGCUUCUAGAAAAGAGCAAGCCCUUUUGGAUAUUGACGAACAUAAUGAAGAGGAACUCAGGGAAGAAGAUUUUGAUAACGUUGAAGAUUUAUUUGAAAAUGUGGAUAUCGAAGUGAUUCCUGCUGGCGCAGUGGAGCUUGUUGAAAAUCAUGGUUGGUUUGCUCGUGCUCAAAGAAUUCCUAACGAUAUCAUUAAACUGGCCAUUAGAGGAUUGAAAUUUGCCUAUAAUAUUCUUAAAAUCUAUGUGACGGUGCUAAUAAUUUGCGCUAUUUCAUUUCUUUGGUGCUUCUACGCCCAUAUUAUUUGUGUCGACUUUCCAUACACAUAUUUCACAGAUAACGAUAAUUUCCAAAAGCUCAGAUCGCUUAUGGAGAGAUUUACUUUCCUUCCAUUGGCUUCAAGCUCACCAAUAUCUACUGAUUCCUUGAAAUUUACCGAGGUACUUGUUAAUAAUAUUGAAGGGUAUGUGUUGAAGCUCAAUUAUAAAACUUUUAUUAUACAUUUCGUGGUAUCAUGGUUUACUUUUAUGCCAUUGAUUACUGCACUUGCCAAGGAAAUCAUGAAUGUCAUGAUGGAUGGUUUGGUAGAAACCUUAACAUGUGAAAACUUAGUCAAUGAUUUUGCUAGACCUUUGAUUCACAAAAUAUUGAGCUACCAAGUUCCUUCAUUCGUUUUGAUAGUGUCGACAAAUAUCUUCAUCAGAUUUUACGUGUAUCGGACACAUCAAUAUAGGAGCUUGAACUCUGUCGACAUUAUAAAUGCUGAGAUGUCUUUCUUCAAUGAUAAUGACAUCACCUUCACAAUCACCCCACGUGCUGUCAAACAGUUGUUGGGUAUCACUUGGGAUUUCAAGUGUAGUCCUGGGACUAUGGACGCUUUAACGCUUCCUGCCAGUUUGCUUGUUGGCUUCAUUUUCCAGACAAUCGAUCAUGUCAAACGUUAUUUCGAUAUGAUGAAUGAAUUGGUGAAAGAUGAAAUGUAUGUGAAAAGCCAACGACUUGAAAAUAUGGAGGUCCUUGAAAAUGAAAAUGGUGAUGAAGAAGAAGAUGAAGACGAGCAUGAUGAAGAUGAACAUGAUGAUGAUGAUGCUGAAGAUGGAGAUCUUGAUGAAAUUGAACUUGAAGAUGAAGAUGAAAGUGAUUCCAGCUUGCUUGUGGACUGA